UCUACUAGUACUAUUGAAUUCGUGAAUGUGAUUCAUAUUUUUUAAUUCUGAGAACAUGGCGGCUUCCCGAAAGUCAAUUCUCAUUGUUGCAGUCCCCUUAUGGAUUUUCUUCUUGAUCGUUUAUUCUUCUGCAGAUAAAGCUCCAUACACUUCAUUUGCCAAAAACGCAGCAUCAGCUCCGUUGAUAGGUUACUACGACUACGUAAUCAUCGGAGGCGGAACCGCCGGAUGCCCACUGGCAGCGACGCUCUCCGCCUCCGCAAAAGUACUACUCCUCGAGAGGGGCGGCCUUCCUUACGACAACCCCGACGUCGUCCACAUCGCGGGUUUCGUUAAAUUGCUGACGGAUCCGUCUCCCUAUUCCGCCGCGCAGUUGUUCAUCUCCACCGACGGCGUGUUCAACCACCGCGCCCGCGUGCUGGGCGGAGGCUCCGCCAUCAACGCCGGGUUCUACACGCGCGCCAGCCGCGACUACGUGAAUCAGGUCGGGUGGGACCCGCGGCUAGUGAAUGAGUCGUACGAGUGGGUGGAGAGGAAGGUGGCGUUCCGGCCGCGACUACGGCAGUGGCAGGCGGCGGUGAGAGAAGGACUGCUGGACGCCGGCGUGUUGCCCGACAAUGGCUUCACGUACGAGCAUUUGCAUGGUACCAAAAUUGGGGGCACAAUUUUCGAUGAAGAUGGAGUUAGGCAUACCGCCGCAGAUUUGUUGGAGUAUGCUCAGCCAAACAAUAUUACUGUUUAUUUGCAUGCAGCUGUGCACCAAAUCCUCUUCACCACUUCCCCAGGGCAAAGGCCCAAGGCAAAUGGAGUUUUGUUCAAAGACUCAAACGGGCGUAAGCACAGAGCAUACUUGAACAGUGGAGGCGCGAGUGAGAUAAUUGUAUCAGCUGGCGCAAUGGGCAGCCCGCAGCUUCUAAUGUUGAGUGGCAUUGGGCCGGGCCAAGAGCUACGGGCCCGAGGGAUAAACGUAGUAAUGGAGCAAGCAUUUGUGGGGCAGGGGAUGUCCGAUAAUCCAAUGAAUGCGUUGCUCAUACCUUCCAUUCGGCCCGUCGAGAUCUCCCUCGUUCAAGUCGUCGGCAUUUCUGAUGUGGGCAGCUACAUCGAAGCUGCCAGUGGGCUCCUCAACUCCUCUUCCAUUUUUGACUACGUGAAUGUCGCAAACACGGUCAGUCCAGUCAUUCAUAGUUUCAAUUUUUCAAUCCCCACGAACCAAAGCAUCCAAGAUAUGGACGCCAGCAGCGGUGGAGUUGGGGUAGUCUUGCAAAAGAUAAUGGGGCCUUUGUCGAGCGGGUAUUUGGAGCUCGAGAGCAAGGAUCCGAAUCGGAACCCGAGAGUGACAUUCAACUACUUCAAGGACGAAAGGGACGUGGCGAGGUGUGUUGGAGGCAUGGAGAUAUUGAGGAAAGUUGUCCAGUCAGGGGCCUUGUCGGAAUUCCUCAAACCCUCGACCUCAUUUGAAUCCCUACAGAAGUUGAUGCUGUCUCUUCCCAUCAACUUACGAUGGAAACACGUAGCCGCUACUUACUCCAUGGAGCAGUACUGCAGGGACACCGUGAUGACCUUGUGGCAUUACCACGGGGGCUGCCAGGUGGGCCGCGUCGUCGACCGCGAUUAUCGCGUCAUCGGGGUCCACUCCUUGCGCGUCAUCGACGGCUCCACCUUCUAUUUCUCGCCGGGGACCAACCCUCAGGCCACACUAAUGAUGCUUGGAAGGUAUAUGGGACAGAAAAUUCUGCAGCAACGAAAUCCUCAAACAGAGAAUUAGAUAUGGAUGCAGGGGGUAAUUUUUUCUUAAAAUUAAUAUCCUCUUGUAAUAAAUUUUAAAUUAAUUAGACACAAAUAAACUAGGAUCAUAAGAGGUUUGAUGCUAGGUAACAAACUUAGUGAAAUGCUAAUUAUUAUUGAAAGCAAAUUUAAACUUUGAAUCAUAUAUAUCUCUCAAUUUAUUUUGUCUUAUUAUAUGUAGAUUGUAGUACAGACC